UCGCAUUUUCAUUUUUCAGCACCGAGCACGAAAGCGGUCAGCAGUGGAAGGCACCCACCUCUGGGUUGAGGUUCGUUGAUUCAGAACUAUCAAAAUGGAACGAGGGAAGCAGGGGGGAGUGGUGCUGGCGAAGCUGUCGCCUCAACAGCUUCAGAAUCCCAUAGAGCUGCUCCAAACGGGUUUCAAAGAGUUGGAGAAUGGCUUCAAGCUUUGGCUUUCCAAGCAGUCUUUGCCAGUCGAGGCUGCUGUCGUCACUGCCACCGCCGCCGCCCAAGGCGCUGCUAUUGGUGCUAUUAUGGGCACUCCCACUGACGAUGCUUCUUCCCCUUUCCCAACGCCGCCUGAGGCUUCUCUCAACCCUCAAGCCAUGGCCUCUCUUAAGCAAGCUCAGGCUCUUUCUGGGGGUCCUUUGGUGCAAGCUGCCGUCAUGACAGGAGUGAAUGCUGGUAUAUCCUGCGUCUUGAAAAGAUUGAGGGGGAAGGAAGAUGUCCAGUCCAGGUGA